AUGCCACCUACAGAAAUAGAUUUUAGUCCCUGUAUUACAGAAACUGAAGUGCUCAACAAUGAUGCUUUGGUCACCAUCUAUGCCCUGGUGUUCCUGCUGAGCCUGCUGGGAAAUUCUCUGGUGAUGCUGGUCAUCUUAUACAACCGGGUCAGCUCCUCUGUCACAGAUAUCUACCUGCUGAACCUGGCUAUGGCUGACCUGCUCUUUGCCCUGACACUGCCCAUUUGGGCUGCUUCCAAGAAGAACGGCUGGACUUUUGGCACACCCCUAUGCAAGGCGGCCUCACUCGUGAGGGAAGUCAACUUCUACAGUGGGAUCCUACUACUGGCCUGCAUCAGUAUGGACCGUUACCUGGUCAUUGUCCAUGCCACGCGCACACUCAUCCAGAAGCGCCACUUGGUCAAGUUCAUCUGUCUGGCCAUCUGGACAUUGUCCCUGAUUCUGUCCCUGCCCAUAGUCCUCUUCCGCAAGACUGUCCACCCAGACCAUUCCAGCCCAGACCAUUCCAGCCCAGUCUGCUAUGAGGACAUGGGUACCAAUACAUCAAACUGGAGGCUGGUGCUCCGGUUCCUGAUCCACAUCUUUGGCUUCAUGCUGCCACUGCUGGUCAUGCUGUUCUGCUACGGAUUCACCCUGCACACACUGUGUAAGGCCCACAUGGGGCAGAAGCACAGGGCCAUGAGGGUCAUCUUUGCCGUGGUCCUCAUCUUCCUGCUCUGCUGGCUUCCCUACAACCUGGCUCUACUCACAGACACUCUCAUGAGGAUUGGGGUGAUUCAAAAGACCUGUGCAUGUCGACAGGACAUUGACCAUGCCCUGGAGGUCACCGAGAUUCUGGGCUUCCUCCACAGCUGCCUCAACCCCAUCAUCUAUGUCUUCAUUGGCCAGAAGUUUUGA